UGUCAUUUAAAUGACUGAAGGUGAACAGGUCUAUGCUAUUUUACGUGUGUAGUUUCUAAUGAAUUUAACCAAAUACGUUAUCACCGCGGUGCUUUUUACUUUCUGAACUAUAAAUCAGGUCGAGUUAGCGGAUUCGCUUUUUCGCCCGGACCAUUUAUUGAAUGCAAAAGUUUCCGGGUACGGCGUAAACAUCAGUUUGACAUUGGCUGCUUUUGUAAGAGUUAAAAUGGUUUCUCUGUCUUUAAAUUCGUUGAGACAAAUCAUGAGAGCAAUGGUGGAUGCUCCAGGCUUUGACAAAGUCUUGAGUAAGGUAGACCUGCUGUCUGCCAGCCCAGGUAAGGUGGUGUGUGAGAUGCGGGUAGAAGAGGAGCACACAAACCGGGGAGGGACGCUACACGGCGGGUUGACAGCCACCCUGGUCGAUGUCAUCUCCACCAUGGCUAUCAUGUACAGUGAGAGGGGAGCACCGGGAGUCAGUGUGGAUAUGAACAUAACAUACAUGAACGCUGCCAAGACGGGAGAGGACGUUCUCAUCACUGCUCAGGUUCUGAAGCAAGGACGGACGCUGGCGUUUGCCACCGUAGACCUCACCAGCAAGGCCACAGGGAAGCUCAUAGCCCAAGGAAGACACACCAAACACCUUGGCAGCAGCUGAACUCCCCAUCUGUGCCUGUCUGUGAAUAACAUAUCAUGUAGCAAUACUAUCGAAACACAGGACACUAAGUGAUGAUGUAAACUAACCGCUGUCUGUAAAUAGUUUGCAAAACCAGAUUGUGUACAAACAAUGCAGUGGUAACAGUGCUACGAAUCCUUCCACAGCUGGUUACUUAAUGACCGCUGGUGUUACCACUGUUACAUAUUUGUUGUCAACAGUUAGAGAGACUACUAGCUGUACGGUCAAGAGUCAGUCCUGACCUCAACUACUGUAUGAUCGGUAUUGUUUCAUGCUCAUGCAAUAAAAAAAAUAGACAAGAGUUAUGCUUUCAGAAUUUGCACUGUAUUGGGAUAUGCUCAGCAGUAUUGAUUUGAGAAUCAACAGAAAAAAACCCAGAAGUUACACGCCUUAUACCCUUUCAACUCGACACACUGAAUCAACGAGGAGCAAAAAUUAUAUGUACUUAUGUACUUCAUAUUCUUUGACAGAAAAAAAAAGCCUGCAAAAAACAAUUUUUAAUUUGAUGAGCAUGGCAGCAAAUCAUCUUAAUUUUUAGUAAGUCAAAUUAAACAAAGAUCAGUUAGCUUUCAGCAACUUUUGUUAGGUGUGUUAAACAUUAAGUAUGUCACCAUUUCAGUUUCUCACCACCAACCCACAUCCCAAAUAAAAACAAAAACAUAAAACAUCAGAUUUCAGUAGCUGAAAUGAAUGGUGCAUCAACAGCUUGAACGGUGACGAUGACCUUCAACAUCUAACCAACAUGUCUCAACUUUGUGUACAAUGCCUUUUAAGUCACUCAAGAUUUUUAGCAAAGGCCUGCCUAGCAUGUUUCAGAGGAAAGCAAAUGACACCAAAACAUUUUUUUUUAAAAGUCCAGCAAAAAAACUAAGGCGGUUUAUAAGAAGCAAUACCUACACCAUAUGAUUUGACAAAUAUUGUUCAUCUUGUUUUCUUUGCUUACACAGGUGUUUUUUUUUUUAACGCCUUAUUCACACCUGUCCUUGGUCAAAAGAUUGUGUAAAGUUGUUCUAGAAACCCCAUUGACAUUACAAACAAGCUUUAACAAUCCUUUCUUAUGACAACAAGGAUAUAAAAAACACGUCCAUCUGAGAACCACCGUGAAGACCUGUGUAUUGUUUGUUCCUGUUUUGAUGCAACAUAAAGAGUUCCUUCAAUGACCGGUGCUGUUGACAGUGCGGCUCCAAGAGAACAAGCAACCACUCAAAAUCAAUGUUCGUGCAGGUUCAAAUAAAUAAAACUGGAUGAGUGAGUAAGAGGGAAUGAAGAGGGAGUAAAUUAAAACAAACAAACAAAAAAAAAAAACGAGGGGGGAACCAAUCCAAAAAUGGCAGAGAGAAGAGGAGGAACAUUGGGAGCGUGAGGGGGGGAAAACAAAACAAGGAUGGGAACUGAAUCAGCUUCAGGUCAGGAAGGGGAGAACGAGUUGGUAACAAAAAAAAAAAAAAAA